UUCCUUCCAAUUUCCAAUCCUAUCCGAAAAGAAACAGAAGAGGUUGUAAAUGUUGGAACAGGAAAUGGAUAGAGAGGGAGAAGAAACCGAGUCAGAGUGGGCCGAGUUGACUCGCGAGUGCCUGAUCAACAUUCUGAGUCGCGUGACGUUGGAGGAUCGAUGGCGAGGGAGCAUGCUUGUUUGCAAGUCAUGGUUCAGCGCCUUCAAGGACCCUUCUCUUCACUCUGUCUUCAACCUCGAUCCCCUCUUCGAUUCGCUCCCUGAGUCCCCUUGGUUGUGGUCCCCACACUUCGAGAUCAAGAUCGAUUCCAUGCUUCGAUCUGUCGUCCAAUGGACACAUUCCUCUCUCACACAGAUCCGCAUUCGACACUGCUCUGAUCGUUCCCUCGCUUUGGUCGCCGAAAGAUGCACAAAUCUUGAGGUGUUGUCAAUCAGAAGCUGCCCUCGUGUUACUGAUGAUUCUAUCUCUAGGAUAGCUCUUGGGUGUCCAAAGCUUAGGGAAUUGGAUAUCAGCUAUUCUUAUGAGAUAACCCAUGAGUCAUUGGUGCUGAUUGGAAGAAAUUGCCCCAAUCUUAAGGUUCUUAAGAGAAAUCUCAUGAAUUGGCUUGAUCCUUCCCAACAUGUAGGGAUUGUUCCUAAUGAGUAUCUAAAUGCUUGUCCACAAGACGGAGAAUCUGAAGCUGCUGCCAUUGCAAAUUCUAUGCCUCAUCUACAGUCGCUUGAGAUUAGGUUCUUGAAGUUAUCAGCUAAAGGCCUCAAUUCGAUAUGUCAGGGGUGUCCUCAACUUGAGUUCUUGGAUUUGUCUGGAUGUGCGAACUUAACUAGUCGAGACAUUGCAAAUGCAUCGUCCAGUUUGGCACACUUGAAAGACAUUAAAAAGCCAAAUUUCUACAUUCCCAGGUCUGUCUUUCACACAGAAAGGUAUGGACAUUGGAAUUUAUACGAUGAGAGAUUUCAAACAGAUGUUUUCCGAAUCUGAGCAUUGAUAAGAAUAUUAAUCCAAGAUGUAAACUCUGUGAUCCAUCACUCAGUCUUCCUUCUACUGGUCUGUGGAGAUCUUAUUUAAGGUUUUUAUGGUUAUUGUUACAGAUUUACAGUCAAUAUAUCUUAUAGAAAUUAUGAUCUUUGUCUAUGUAAUUCCUAUUCUAUGUUGUUUUUGUCUUCCGUGUAUCUGCAAUGUAUUUGUAUAGUGAAGUUCUCAUAAAUAAUCAUAAUGGAUUUACCUAA